UCCAUAAUUCCACCAAAGUACGCAAAACGCAACACAUAAAAUCAGUUUCUUCUUCUUCUCUCUCUCACAGAAACAUUCUUGGAGAAUUUCUAACCUUGUUCCCUCCGCUCAACUUCUACUGUUACUCACACCAACUUCAAUUCAGUUAAUCUUGUUUCUUCCCCACAAUUUUCCCACAUUUAAUUGAUUAAAUUUGAUAUAAAAGACCUCAAAUUUGUUGUAAUUUUAAGGCCAUGAAACGUGGGUAUCAAGGUUCUCCAUCUGGUCCUCCUCAAUCUCGAUCCAAACCCAACCCAGAAGGAGAUGGGGUAUUCCUUGAGGAUGAGAGUACAAAAAUUUUUGCUCGGAAAGUAGCUGAUCAUUACAGUGCAAGAACAAACCAGACAUUGGAAGAACGAGAAGCGAGCCCUAUUAUCCAUUUGAAGAAACUUAACAAUUGGAUUAAAAGUGUAUUAAUUCAGCUUUAUGCUCGUCCUGGGAAUGCUGUUCUUGAUCUUGCAUGUGGAAAGGGUGGGGAUCUUAUAAAAUGGGACAAGGCAAAGAUCGGAUAUUAUGUUGGAAUUGAUAUUGCUGAAGGCUCGAUAGAAGAUUGUCGUACGCGGUAUAAUGGCGAUGCGGAUCAGAAUCAGCGUCGCAAAAAGUUUAAAUUCCCAGCCCGCCUCUUAUGUGGAGAUUGCUUUGAGGUUCGACUGGACAGAGCAUUGGCAGAGGAUGGCCCCUUUGACCUUUGCAGUUGCCAGUUUGCCUUGCACUAUUCAUGGUCUACUGAGGCACGUGCACGGCGAGCUUUGGCUAACAUUUCAGCAUUGCUUCGACCUGGUGGCAUCUUGAUUGGAACAAUGCCUGAUGCCAAUGUUAUUGUCAAGAAGUACAGAGAAGCGGAAGGUUUGAAAUUUGGAAACAGUGUCUACUGGAUACGAUUUGAUGAGGAUUAUGCUGAUAAGAAAUUUAAAUCAUCCAAUCCUUUUGGUAUCCGAUACAAGUUUCACUUAGAGGAUGCUGUUGAUUGUCCUGAAUGGGUUGUCCCUUUCCAUGUCUUCAAGGCACUGGCUGAAGAGUAUGACUUUGAACUAGUCUUUGCCAAAAACAAUCAUCAAUUUGUUGAAGAAUAUUUGAAGAAGCCAGAAUUUGUUGAUCUUAUGAGGAGGCUGGGUGCUUUGGGUGAUACCCAUGAUAAAAGUACGUUGUCACCGGAUGAGUGGGAAGUAGCUUACUUAUAUCUGGCCUUUGUGCUGAGAAAGCGAGGCCAACCAGACCAAACGCAAAAGCGAAAUGUGAAAAAGGGUGACAACGAUACACCCAUAAAAAAGGAGGACAUCAUGUACAUUACUAGUUGAGUUUGAGUUUAACAGUAACAAUUCGUGUCAAAAUUCAACUGCGACCAAUCAUCAAGCUUGGUCAGGUCUUAUCCAAGAUGCCAAAUACUGGCAGGCAUGCAGACCUAAAACUUAAGGCGUGCUUUUGGUUCAAUACUCUGUUAAAUGGAGAUUACGCAUUGGCUCAUUCAAGGUUUGCUUUGUAGUUUGAGCUCCUUUGUUGUAGAGGUCGCAGAACGGGACUGAAGAAAUGCAGUUCUUCCUAAUUUUGGGGCAGAAUUUUUAUUUUCGACGGUAAUUAACAAUUUUACACAACUUUGAUCUUACGGGCUUACGGCUCUUUUUUCCAAAAGGUGGUAGGUUAUUGAUAAUGUAACUCUUUAUGUUUUCUGUCAACUUGUUAAAAAGAACUGCUUUUGUACCUUUAUUAUUUAAAGUUAAUAAAAAUACGGUUAUAAUA